AUGGGUUCCAAGAUCCAGACUAGCAGUGAAUAUCUACAAGACGGCAAGCAGCCUGCUCUAGCAGAUGAAAGCUCUGUUGUUUCCUAUGACACAACGGAGCCUCCCAAGUUUCGUAAAGCCAUGUAUCUCGCUGCCAUCGUGGCUGCAGUGGGCGGCUUCAUCUGCGGCUAUGAUACAGGGUCCAUUAGUGGCAUUCUGGCCAUGCCUCAAUUCACUGACAACUUCUUUACCAAGGACAACAUUAACUACCUGCAAGGCUUGUUGCUUGCCUUAUAUCUGAUGACAGCUGCUCUCGGUGCAUUCUUUUCAGGCUUCUUUUGUGAUCGCUACAGUAGAAAGUACUCUAUCAUCGGUGCUUCUGCUAUCUUCAGUAUUGGUAUCUUGCUUCAAAUCAUAGGUGCUAAUUUCGGUGUUGUGCUCGCUGGUCGUAUCGUUGGAGGCUUUGGAUCUGGCUUGAUGACAAAUGCAAUUCCUCUCUAUCACUCUGAAAUUGCGCCUCCUGAUAUCCGUGGUCGCUUGAUCAGUUUUUUCACAUUGAUGGCUUCAUUCGGUCAAGUGGUUGGCUACUUUGUUACAUUUGGUACUAGUUAUGUUCCAUCUGAUUGGGCAUGGCGUGGUCCUUGGUUGCUUCAUAUCAUUGUCUGCAUUGCUUUUGGCGGCAUCAUCUUUACGCUGCCCUUCUCUCCUCGUUGGCUUAUCGAUAAGCAGAGAUACGAUGAAGCAAAGGCCGUGCUCUCUGAACUGCAUGAGGUGCCCAUCACUCAUUCUUUGGUCGUUAAUGAGUAUGAAGACAUCUUUAACGAGCUGGAGAUGGAGCGUUCUUUCGGUGAUCGUAGCUAUGCUGAGCUCUUCCAAGGCACAAACUUGAAGCGUACGUUGAUCGCUUUCUUCAUCGGUAUCUCAACUUCCUUCACUGGUAGUGUGGCCAUCUGGUAUUACGCCCCUCAGAUCAUCCAAAGCGCUGGCCUUGACGAUGCGUCCACUUCCAUUGCUGCUUCUGGUGGCACUGGUAUAUUUGCUCUUAUUUGUGCUUUUGUAUCUCUCCAGUGGUGUAUUGACAAGAUGGGCCGCAGAGCUGUCUUCUUGAUCGGUGCCAGUAUCAUGGGUAUCAGCAUGUUUGUCGUUGGCGCCAUGUUCCAAGUGUAUACUGAGGUAGACGUCGAGAACUACAGUGUUGUCAUCACCAACCCAUACGCUCGUAAUACGAUUAUUGCAUUCUUGUAUAUCUUUGUGGGCACCUUCCAGUUUAGUUGGGGCAUUGCUUCCUAUGUCUAUCCCGCUGAAAUCUUCAACAUGAGAACGCGUGCCGCUGGUCUGGCAGCUACUUAUGGCUUGAAUUGGGCCUUCACCAUCUUGAUUACCUACUGUGUCCCUCUUUUUAUUCAACACACUGUUUCUGGCGUCUAUUUUUUCUUUGGUGCUUGUUGCUGCGUCUGCUUCAUUGGCUGUUGCUUUAUCCCCGAAACUAAGGGAAAGACUUUGGAAGAGAUGGAAUACGUCUUUGGUGCCAAGUAA